AUGGGCAUGCCACAGAAUCAAAGAGAUGAGAAGAACCAGUCCAUCAUCGUCAGUGGGGAAUCUGGAGCCGGCAAGACCGUGUCAGCCAAGUAUGCCAUGCGCUAUUUUGCCACAGUGAGUGGCUCAGCCAGUGACACCAACAUCGAAGAGAAGGUCCUGGCGUCCAGUCCCAUCAUGGAGGCCAUCGGAAAUGCCAAAACCACUCGCAAUGACAACAGCAGCCGAUUUGGAAAGUAUAUUCAGAUUGGCUUUGAUAAGCAGUACCACAUCAUUGGGGCCAACAUGAGGACCUACCUGCUGGAGAAGUCCAGAGUGGUCUUUCAGGCAGACGAUGAGAGGAAUUACCACAUCUUCUACCAGCUCUGUGCUGCCGGCAGUCUUCCAGAAUUCAAAGAGCUUGCACUAACGUGCGCAGAGGACUUCUUCUAUACCUCGCAGGGAGGAAACACACGCAUUGAAGGUAUAGAUGAUGCUGAGGACUUUGAGAAGACACGACAAGCCUUCACACUCCUGGGAGUGAGAGAGUCCCAUCAGAUAAGCAUUUUUAAGAUAAUUGCUUCUAUCCUGCACCUCGGAAACGUGGAGAUUCAGGCUGAGCGUGAUGGUGAUUCCUGUAGUGUAUCACCCCAGGAUGAGCACCUGACCAACUUCUGCCAACUGCUAGGGGUGGAACACAGUCAGAUGGAGCACUGGCUCUGCCACCGCAAGCUGGUCACUACCUCCGAGACCUAUGUCAAGAGCAUGUCCCUGCAGCAGGUGCUCAACGCACGCAGCGCCCUCGCCAAGCACAUCUACGCCCAGCUGUUCGGCUGGAUCGUGGAGCACAUCAACAAGGCCCUGCACACACACCUCAAGCAGCACUCCUUCAUCGGCGUCCUGGACAUCUACGGGUAG